UUUUUUCAUCCAAAGUUUCAGCUUCUCCUGUAUGUCCUUUUAGCAUUUUGAAUUCCUAAAUAAAUGUUCACUUCACGGACGAGAAACAGAAAGUACUACACAAAUUACCUACAAACAAAAUAUUUUUUUGGCAAUUACUCGCACUUUCAAUUUCAGCAUCAACUGCAAAGACUGUAGGUGUCGCACUUCUCUUCGUUUAUUUACACAUUUAUUUCAUACAGCAGCACGUCAGGUCACGCCGAUUUUCAGAAUACAACAUGAAGCCCAACAUCACCCUAUACAAGCGGCCCACACAAAUACGCUCAAAUAACUCCAGGAUGUCCGAAUGAUGCUCCGAGCCCAAAAGCAGUUGUCAAUCACGAGAAAGUCUGCAGUCGGCGGAAUAAAUGUGUAAAAUGUUGUUAUUCGACAAUAAAAUUAGGAUGAAGAAUAUAAAUACAAGCUACCUACUCAACAGAAACAAAAAGUGAUGUAGUAAAAACUACUAUUAAAGUAGACCUAUUGCGUUUCGUAAAUUUUCAAUUGGUAAUUUAAGAGUUCUUAACAACAGUUACAUGUAUUGAUACAUCAUGCAGUGCUUUAUAUGUAGUUUUGAAACAGGAGAGAGGCAGUUUCAGACAUAUAUUAGUAUGACUGUGUUUGCGACUUUCAAAAUCUUUUGUUCCAUGUGCAAAAACUCCUUUGGACACCCUGGAAAGUUUAUUGCCAGUGAGUUGCGAUCUACGAGAUAUCAGACUCGGGAUGCAAUGGUCCAAUUUUAUACCAUCAUCUGUUCAAUCUGCUGAGAGAUUUGAAGCCGAAGAGGUUAUAAUAGUGCACGCAGAAGCCGUGGGGGCGUAAGAGUUGAUCGGGGUGGUGCGGGGUUAAACCCCCGGUUGGCCCCCGUGCAUUUUAGAGAACUGUGUGUACUCACAAAAUGCCAAUAUCCAAGAGAGCAUUUAUUGUCGUAUCUUUUGUGCUGAUGUUCUCAAUGUUUCUUGCUAACAUUACCAAUAUAAUAACCGUAGAUAUAGAAAAUUUCAACAAAGAGGGACAGAUGUUCCAUACGAGAACACUUCAAGACAAUGAGCACUCAGUUAAGGGUGCAUCAAAGGACCUGAUAGGGAAUUCAACCCAACACCUAAUGUGGUUUAUACAGAUUUCAGAUAUUCAUAUAAGUAUAUUCCAUGACCCAAGCCGUAUUUCAGAACUUAAGGAGUUUUGUGACCUUACAGUGAAAACAAUUGGGCCUUCUGUUGUUCUUGCAUCUGGUGACUUAACUGAUGCAAAAACUAGUGAUAAUAUGGGUUCAAGACAAUUUAUUCAAGAAUGGGAAUUAUAUAGACAAGUUCUGGAUGAGUGUAAUGUGAUGCAAAGUACUGUCUGGUUAGAUAUAAGGGGAAAUCAUGACAACUUUAAUGUACCAAGUCUGCAUUCCAAAGAAAAUUUUUAUCGAAAUUAUUCUAUUCAGGGACAGAAACACCAAAAAUCAUAUUUAUACCAAGUGCAAAAAGGUGGUGUCAAAUAUUCUUUCAUUGGCAUGGAUGCCUGUCUGGAUCCAGGACCCCGGCGACCUUUUAACUUUGUGGGAGUUUUAACAUUGACAGAAAUGGAAAAUUUAAAAAGAUUAGUAAUGGAAGGUCGUGAACAUGGCAGUAAUUAUGUGAUUUGGUUUGGGCACUAUCCUACUUCUUGUAUUCUUUCCCCUGGCUCUGGGAUUCGAGCCUUGAUGAGUUCUGCUCCAGAGGCUCUAGUAUACCUUUGUGGCCAUUUUCAUAUGUUAGGUGGACUUGUGCCUAACAUGUAUACUUUACAACACGGUGGAUUUUUGGAGUUGGAACUUGGAGAUUGGAAGGACAACCGCAUAUAUCGUUUGGCUGCAAUUGAUCAUGGAAUAUUUUCAUUUGUGGAUAUUCCUCAUCGUGAAUGGCCAGCUGUAUUGGUUACAAAUCCAAAACAUGCUUUAUAUGCAAUGCCCACAAGAGAAGCAUUAGAUCAUAUUUCUGUUUCAACUCAUAUCAGAGUGCUAGCAUUUUCCUUAUCAGCCAUCAAGAGAGUACAUGUUCGAAUUGAUGGAAGGGACUGGCAGUCAUGUUCACACAUUGAAGGUCCUUUAUAUACAACAUUUUGGAAUCCUAGAGAAUUUCUACAAGGCAUACAUACUUUGGAAGUAUAUGUUGAAGAUGAGCAUGGCCGAGAAAAGAUGAUGGAGCAACCAUUUUCUUUAGAUGGAUCACGCAUGUCUUUUAAACUGCUCCCUCGCAUUGCACUGAUGUGCAAUGUCAGCAUGGUGUUCCAAUUCCUCUUUGGAACCAGUUUGGUCGUGUGUGUAGUGCCAUUGUGCGUCUUCAAAUUUCUUAAUAGACUUGCAAAAGUAGGAAAAAUGGAAAAACCUAAUAUUCCUGUACGCUGCAUUCGCCGAUGGGUUCGAAAACUUUGGGUGUUGGCUACAGUUGAUCGUAUUUUCUAUCCUUUAGUUUUGUACCCUCUGUAUCUUACUAUAGGUCCGUGGUCAAUUGGAGAAAUUAUCGAGGGACACACUGGGAUCAUCUUUGCUUGGGGCACCAUAGUGAAUGGUUCUUAUCUGCCAGGGUCAUUCACAUAUGCUUAUGGCUUCUUACAGAUGUGUUCUUUCCAGUUUCCUCUUACAUUAUUCUUGGCCAACUGCUUGGACCAGAGGUUGACGAAGAGUGCGCACUGUCCCCGGGGAUCACUGUCUCGUCGUUUGUGUCGUCAUCUUCCAUUUGCCGUCCUCGUUAUGUUGCAAAUGAUCUUUGCUUACUUCUUCUGGUUAGCAUAUGGUACCAUGGCCUUCAUCCUAGGCCCACUACGCACAUGGUCAGUCCUCCUUGCUCUUCUUCUGUGGCAACAAGCUAAUUCAUUGCCAAGAAAAUUCUUGCAAGAAGCUGCUAUUGUCUGGAACAUUGGCAAUUCUCAGCACUGCCAAAAUGAAGAAGAAUACGAAUGUGCUGGAACAGAUGGCUCGUGAGUGCAACUCUAAUGAGUUGUGACUUUUCUGUAAUAUUCUCUAGUAGUCUGUUACUUGUGAUAUCUAGGUCCUACAAAAAUCUUCAUUAUAAUGUUCACUUGGAAAGUGUUCUUGAAGCUUUUAUAUGUGCAGGGCAGUAAGAAAGGACACAAUUAUUAUUGGCAGUUAAAAGACUUUAUUAAGUAGACAGUAUGUAGUUAGAUGGGGAUAUGAAUGGUAGAAUGUAUAUAUACCAUGAAAAGCCUUCCCUGCACAUCUUGAUGAAAAGAGAUGGUACAAAAUACAGAUGGAAAUAGGUGCAACGUUUGGAGCUUGUAGAAUGAUGGGUGUUUGAUUCUAGUCUUCUAUCUAGUCGUUGGUUCUAAACAUUCCACUGCACCCACAUAUUUCAGCGUAGCUUUCUGUUAUGGUUCCACAAAGAAAAGGAAAGGCUUGUGUACUUAAUACAUUCCUCUGACUAGCUGUGGCUUAGCAGACCGGUACAUUUCCAGAAUGUGUGUUCAGACUAUAAAACGUUCUAUGUUAUGACUGUUAAAGCAAUCUGAUUGAUGUUUAUACAAAUGAGAAAAGUAGCCAAUCAGAGUGACUUUUAACAUCAAGUAUUUGUUAUAGAAUGUUAAAAAUAAUUAUGUAAUGUGUCUUUUGGGAUGAGUGGGGCUGUGAGGUAUACAAUCCUUGACAUUGCACACCAGGUUCAGGGUACUGUGAUUUUUAGAUUUUGAACUUGUAUAGUUUUUUAAGAAUCUACAUGUUGUACAUUUUUAUGAGUAAGUACUGAAUAUUUCCAUUAUAGCAUGUGUAUUCUGUAUGCUCCAUAUGGAUGCUGAGUAUUUUUGAAAUAAUAUAUUAUGUGUAGGAUAAAAAACUUACAUUAAUAUUCAGAGAAAUUUAAUGUAUAAUAGAAUUGGAGCUUAUUUUUCUUUCUCUAAUCUCCUUCAUUGGUCUAUGUAAAAAAACUGUUACUACUUAAAACUAACCAAAAGUAAUUGGGAACAAGAUGUUUACAUGUUAGCUGUACUGAAAUACAAAAACAAAUGAGAGGAAAUACAUAUUAUCUAGAUAAAGCAUGUUUGCAUGAGUAAGAGACUAAUUCCCAGGACUAAACUUGGAUAUAUGCUGUGAAUGCUACUAGUGUUCAAUCUCAGAAAUUUUCUACAGCAUUUCUACAACAUGCAUGAACAUUGAAUUUCCCAUUCCCAGUUUAAAAACAUUUGAAGGCUCAUAAGUCUCAGGCUUCUUUUUAUUCUAAAAAAUGAAUGAAUAACAUCUCAAUAUUUUCCUUGGAAAAUAUAAUGUGCUUUUAAUUGCACAUUAAUAUAAACUUCCUUUGUGAUAUUAAUGUUUAAAUAGAAGAUUUGUUAGGAUCUUUUAAGGAUAUUAUUUGAGAAAUGGCUUGUUAUUGUCAAUUACGUUUUAAAUAAAGUCAGGGAUUGGAGAAAGAGUGCAAUGUAGCACUCGAAAACUCCCUUUAUAGUUUAGUAAUCCUCUGCAAGCAAUAUGACCCUGCCUGAUUGUUUCAAAUAUAUGAAAUGUUCCACAAGUGCUUCCUCUUUAGUUUUUAUUGUUUAAUGAACUAGACAUUGUAUGAUAAAUAAAAGAAAAGAUUGAGUGGAACAGUCUUCAUUUCCUGUUUUAAUGCUUGAUUCUUUUGUGGUAUAUUAAAUAUUGU